CAAUUUCUGACCCUGAACAAAGACUAUAUAAACAUUACAAUCAUUUGAUAGAGAAAUAGUAUCGUAUCAGUAGAAUAAUACAAAUAGAGUAAGAAGAAGAACCAUAGGUUAAAAAUAAAAUAAAGAGUAUUAAUUAUUCUGUAUCUGUAUCUAUCUAUUAUUAUUGUUAUAACAUUAAUGUCUACAUUCUCUGAAUCAAAUUCCGAUGGAGUUUCACAGCGAGUCAACAGUCCACGUUUCUCCGGUCCGAUGACUCGCCGUGCUCAGUCUUUCAAACGCAACAACGCCAACGGCUCCGCCGCAGUGAGCGGCGGCGCACUCAGUACACACAAUGAAGUUGAGCUGCAAAUCAACUCACCCAGAUCGGAAGAAGUGUUGGAGCCUGUUUCGAAGCAUGUUCAUCACCAUCAUCACCAUGUUUCUCAGAGAGUUCAUGGUGGAGUUGUGAAGGGUUUUCUGAAAAGACCACUUGAAUCCAUUGCUGUGGAUUUUGGAUUUAGAGAGAAGAAAAAGCUUGGUCAUUGGAUGUUUUUGGUGUUUUGUGGGGUUUGUUUGUUUAUGGGUGUUCUUAAGAUUUGUGCUACUGGUUGGCUUGGAUCUGCCAUUGAAAAAGCUCAAUCUUAUCAGGAACUAUCUGACUCCAAUGGAAUUGAUAAUCUAAAUCUAGUGGACCAAAGAUCCCUUGGUUAUGCAUAUAGGAGUCAAGAAGGAGACGUGGAACGAACUCUAAAGACGGUAGAAACAGGAGUAGGUGGCAGCCACACUGCUAAAGAAUCAGAAGUCUGGUCUAAGCCCAACAGUGAAAAUUUCACCCAAUGUAUAGAUCUCUCUAGAAAUCAUAAAAUGCUAGAUGCAAAGACCAACGGUUAUAUUCUUGUAAAUGCUAAUGGGGGCCUAAAUCAGAUGAGAUUUGGGAUAUGUGAUAUGGUUGCUGUUGCUAAGAUUAUGAAGGCAACACUAGUUCUUCCUUCUCUUGAUCAUACCUCGUACUGGGCCGAUCAGAGUGGCUUUAAGGAUUUGUUUGACUGGAAGCAUUUUAUUGAUACACUGAAGGAUGACGUCCAUAUAGUAGAGACAUUACCACCUACCUAUGCUGAAAUUCAUCCGUUCUCAAAAACUCCAAUAUCUUGGUCUAAGGUUCCUUAUUACAAGACCGAGGUUCUUCCCCUCCUAAAUCAGCACAAAGUGAUCUAUUUCACUCAUACCGAUUCACGGCUCGCUAACAAUGGCAUUCCAAAAUCCAUACAGAAACUAAGAUGCCGUGUAAACUACAGAGCAUUGCGAUAUUCAGCUCCAGUUGAAGAAUUUGGAAACAAACUGGUAUCUAGAAUGCAGCAGAAUGGAAAUCCUUAUCUUGCCCUUCAUUUAAGAUACGAGAAGGAUAUGCUUGCAUUUACUGGUUGCAGUCACAGUUUGACUGCAGAAGAAGAUGAAGAACUGAGACAGAUGCGAUAUGAAGUUGGACACUGGAAGGAAAAAGAGAUUAAUGGGACUGAAAGGAGAUUGCUUGGUGGCUGUCCGUUAACUCCGAGGGAAACUUCCUUACUACUUAGAGCACUUGGUUUUCCAUCACACACCAGGAUUUACCUCGUAGCUGGAGAAGCAUAUGGAAGAGGAAGUAUGAAAUAUCUCAAGGAUGAUUUCCCCAACAUUUUCUCUCAUUCCUCUCUGUCUUCUGAAGAUGAGUUGAAUCCUUUCAAGAAUCAUCAAAACAUGUUGGCUGGUAUUGACUAUGUUGUUGCCCUUCAGAGUGACGUAUUUCUUUACACUUAUGAUGGAAAUAUGGCGAAGGCUGUACAAGGUCAUAGGCGCUUUGAAAACUUCAAGAAGACCAUCAAUCCAGACAAGAUGAAUUUCGUUAAACUUGUUGAUCAGUUGGAUGAAGGAAACAUUUCUUGGAAAAAGUUCAGCUCCAAGGUGAAAAAACUUCAUAGAGACCGUGACGGUGCUCCAUAUCUAAGAGAGUCGGGAGAAUUUCCAAAGCUAGAAGAAAGCUUUUAUGCAAAUCCUCUGCCAGGAUGUAUUUGUGAAACAAAAAGGAGUAGAUAAACUCAGUCUUGAUUCACAGCUCUCGUUCUUAGGAUUGUCUUGUAAAAGCUGCAAUCAUAUGGCAUUGUGGGCUUGUGGCUGUGGAGAUGAUAUUUUUUUCCGUAAUUCUUUCUUCAAGAGAUUGCAAUAUGAUUAUCCAAAAGCUGGAUUAUCUGGUAAUGUACCAUUGCCAUAUAUUGCUUGGAUGUUGGGAUAAGAUUGCAAGUGGCCAUGAUUUGAUAAGAAACUAAACUACACAGAUGCAGUUUUAGGGAUCAAGUUUGGGCUGGCCAAAGUAUACUACUGUCAAUACACGCAAUAGAUACUAAACAUCAUACCUUAUUAAACAAACGUCAUUCUAACCACACUUUUUGAAUAAGGAAGUCUUUUUUUCUUCCUUGAUUAUUUUAUUCAAUACUUGUUUUAAUAUUAAAAAGAGGGGGUGGAACUGAAUAAGUUGUAUUCUUAUUGCACGGUAUAACAUUUGAAAAGAGUUAUAUGCAGUUUCUUUGUAUAUGUAAUUCUUUUCUUUUGAUAAAUUAUGCAUCUGUAAUUCUUUUAAGCAGGUUUCUUACAAUAAAUCAUCCCUUGUAAUCAUUAAUUUUCA